AUGGGACAGACGUUGAGUGAGCCGGUGACAACAAAGGAAUCGGCAUCAUGUGUGAAUGAAUUGUUCACAGUUGGUAGUUCAUGUAUGCAAGGAUGGCGAAUUACAGAUAUGGAAGACGCUCAUACGCAUUUACUAUCAUUACCGGACGACCCACGAUGUGCAUUUUUCGCGGUAUAUGAUGGUCAUGGCGGUCCGAAGGCAUCACAGUUCGCUGGUAUCAACCUGCACAAGCAGGUUUUGCAACAGCCUGAUUACGCUCAAGGCAAUUUGCCGGAAGCACUUCGAAAAGGUUUCCUGGCACUUGAUGAGCAAAUGCGUUGUGAUGACCAGAUGCGAGAUGACGUUUCUGGGGCCACAGCAGUUGUAGUCUUAGUAAGGGAUGACGUCAUACAUUCAAAUGUUGGAGAUUCUCGCGCCGUUGUGUCAGUAUGUGGAGAAGCGAAACCAUUGUCAUUUGAUCACAAACCGGCCAACGAGAUGGAAGCGAAACGGAUCCUUGCAGCAGGUGGAUGGGUAGAAUUUAACCGAGUAAAUGGCAAUCUCGCUCUUUCGCGAGCUCUUGGUGACUUCGUGUUUAAGCGAAAUGAAGCAAUUCCACCAGAAGAACAAAUCGUUACCGCGUUUCCGGACGUCAUUUCGGAAAACGUUACGGAGGAUCAUGAAUUUUUGGUACUGGCUUGUGAUGGAAUUUGGGAUGUGCUUAGCAACCAAGAAGUCGUAGAUUUUGUUCGAGAAAGGUUUGCCGAACAGAGGGAUCCUCAAACGAUUUGUGAAGAAUUACUUACACGAUGUCUUGCACCAGAUGCACAAAUGGGAGGCGUAGGCUGUGAUAACAUGACGGUCAGUUGCGGCAGUUUUUACUUGACACGUAUGAUUUUUUCGUGA